GUCUCGGUUUCCGCUCGCGUCACCCGCACUUGCGCGCCCGGCGCGCCCCGCAUGUCCAUCGCCUGCCGCUCCGCGCGUGCCGCCAGUCCCCGAGGUCCGCUCCUCUAUUGCGCAGCCCCGUGCGCCCGUAGUGCCGCACGUAUCGCCCACCUCCUCGUCAUCGCCCGCUACGCCUAUGCCCAUACGGAUUAGGCAUCCGCCCGCGUUGCUGGUACUCGCGCGCCCAUCGCGCGCCUCGCCCCAGCUGGCCAUCCAUCGCGCGUCCCGACCACUCACGCGGUUGCCGACUUCCUCGCCUACGUACGUGCCGUCGCUCGGUACUCCCCCGUACUCGUGCGCUGCCUUGGCGCAACCCGUGCUCCCCGUCUCUUCGCCACAUCCGAUCGCGCUUGCCCCCUCUCGUACUCGAUCGUUCGGCCAUCCGCGCGCAUCAUGGCACGAUGCGCGCCAUACACCUGAUAACCGAUCUUCCUCGAUCCUUUGGUCGCUCGCCCCCGUUGGUUCGCCCGAUGGCCAUGGGUCCCAUCCUUCCAACCCAAUGCAAUCACCCGCUCUCCAAAUCCACCCAUCUUCCAUACGACUCCUACCUCCCUUUCGAGCCACCAUCUUGCGAACUCCCCUUUUCCUCGCACAAGGCUUGCACCUACACUUCUCCUCUUUUGCCUUUGCCUU